AUGACACAGAAGAAGGCGAAAGGGGCCGACAUGUCGGUUGUAGCUGCCAAUGACGAAACAUCAUUGAUCCUAGAUUACCUUCGGAAACAAAAUCGUCCGUAUUCGGUUCGUCCUCUUGAUGAUGAGCGCCUGGCGGGUAAUGACUCUAAUGUUUUAGCAUCUCAGGCCAUCGAUGUUUCCACGAAUUUGCAUAACAAGGUCUCCAAAACGCACGCAGCAAAGGUGUUGCGAGAACUACACCGGAAGAAGGAGAUUGACGCCCGGAUCUCAGGAAAACACAUCGUUUAUCAUGCCCUUCAAGACGCGUCCGACGAUCUCAGGACGGAGACCAUGGCGACGAUGGAUGAAAAGAUCAAGCAGCUGGAAGAACAGUUAACAACACUCAAAACCAAGGAAAAGAAAGCGCGCGCGGAUUUAGCAACGCUCUCCACGAAGCCAUUGCUCUGUGAGCUUCGAUACGAUGUCGGCCGACUUGAGCAAGAAACACAAGAGGUUUCAUCUCGUCUCGAGAAGAUUCAGAAAAGAGAUUCAAUCCAGAUGUGUCCGGAGGAGAGAGCAAAGUUGGGAAAGGAAUGGAAACGCUGGAAUAAGAUCGCUAGCGUCCGUAAGACGAUCUGUCGGGAUCUAUGGAGUAGAUGCUUGGAGGUUGUACCGGACAAUGUGAGUCGAGAAGAGCUUUGGGUAAGUACACCCUCUCUUGAGUAUUACGGCGACGAUCUGCAGCAGUCUCGGCUGACUUUGUCCAUCAGGAAUCUCUGGGCCUUGAAGGAUCCUUUCUUCGUUGAAAUGCUACGUUGUAUCUGA